AUGGAAGUUGUUCAGCUAAUUAUAGAAGACGAAAAUGUUCUAAAACUCAGAGGAUUGCAAAACAUAGAGCCCACAUUCGAGAUUCGUCAUGAAGGAAAAUCAUAUCCAUGUAAUCCAAUUCCAGCUGUUGAAUCUGCUCAUUUAAUUUUCGAAGGAUUCGUUAAUACAAAAGCACUAGGAUUCAUAGAGUUACAUAAUGAAGAUAAAAAGCACCUUUUGCCAUCAAUUAUCAGUUUUUUGCAUGGAAACACUCUUCGAAUUGAACAGAGCAAUGCAAUGGAUAUGAAAGAUAUCGCCCAGGAACUUGGAAUACCUUUAAUUGAAGAAUAUGCAAGAAAUUGUAUUUUCUCUGAUAUGAGCAACCAACAGCAAAUGGAUAGAGAAUAUGAAGCGACAUUUACAGUAGAUAUUAACUGA